AUGGAUUAUAAGUCAAGCCUGAUCCAGGAUGGGAACCCCAUGGAGAAUCUGGAGAAGCAGCUGAUCUGCCCCAUCUGCCUGGAGAUGUUUACCAAGCCAGUGGUCAUCUUGCCAUGUCAACACAACCUCUGCCGGAAGUGUGCCUGUGACAUCUUCCAGGCUGCAAAUCCCUACUGGACCAGCCGGAGUGGCUCGGUGUCCAUGUCUGGAAGCCGUUUCCGAUGCCCCUCCUGCCGCCAUGAAGUGAUCAUGGACCGUCAUGGAGUGUACGGCCUGCAGAGGAAUCUGCUGGUGGAGAACAUCAUUGAUAUCUACAAGCAGGAGUGCUCCAGUCGGCCCCUGCAGAAAGGCAACCACCCCAUGUGCAAGGAGCACGAAGAUGAGAAAAUCAACAUCUACUGCCUCACAUGUGAGAUGCCCACGUGCUCCAUGUGCAAGGUGUUUGGGGUCCACAAGGACUGCGAGGUGGCCCCACUGCAGAGUGUCUUCCAGGGACAAAAGACUGAGCUGAGUAACUGUAUCUCCAUGCUGGUAGCAGGGAACGACCGUGUUCAGACCAUCAUCACUCAGCUGGAGGACUCCUGCCAAGCGACCAAGGAGAACAGUCACCAGGUGAAGGAAGAGCUGAGCCAGAAGUUUGACGUGCUGUACGCCAUCCUGGACGAGAAGAAGAGUGAGCUGCUGCAGCGGGUCACGCGAGAGCAGGAGGAGAAGCUCAGCUUCCACGAGGCCCUCAUCCAGCAAUACCGGCAGCAACUGGAGAAGUCCAGCAAGCUGGUAGAGACAGCCAUCCAGUCCCUGGACGAGCCUGGCGGGGCCAUCUUCCUCUCGAGUGCCAAGCAACUCAUCAGAAGCAUUGUGGAAGCGUCCAAGGGUUGCCAGCUGGGGAAGAUAGAGCCGGGCUUUGAAAACAUGGACUACUUUACUUUGGACUUAGACCACAUAGCAGAUGCCCUGAGGGCCAUCGACUUUGGGACAGGUGAGGAAGAGGAGGAGUUUAUUGAAGAAGAAAAUCAGGAAGAGGAAGAGUCCACAGAGGGGAAGGAAGAAGACACCAGUAAGGAGAUGGAUGAGGGAGAGACCGUCUAGAUGCAGA